AUGGCGUCCACAAUCGAAAUUUCGCAUGAGAACACCUCUCACGCUGAACCAGAAUACGCUGGGGAGAAAGCAGCAUCAAGAUCACCUAGUCCGCCACGUCGGAGUGCAUCUAGAAGUCCACCAAGAGUCCCUUCGCCACCUCAAUCCGGUGAGAAUAGACUAAGACCAGCUGGAGCCAUUGGCCAAACAGAUAUCAUCAAUCGUAUCAACUGGGACUCCAAGUUUAGUCGUGACGACUACAUUAUUGGAUUCGUGGAUCGAUUCGAGGGUCAAUUGGAAGUCAGCAUGAAUUCCUGGAAGAAAGAGACUACAGAUGAAGAGUUUAUUCCACAACAUCGGGUUUUGUACAUUCGACAUGUGAACGGGGAGAUUAAAAAGCCUUCGCUUCCCCGUCUGGCUACGAACGUCUCCUCGGACCGCCAUUCCACGACCUCGCUGCCAGCUUUGGCACCCAAGAUCCCGGCUGAAAUCAACCUGCAUCAACGCCCCAAGUCAGAGAGACAGGCCAUCGCACCAUUCUUGUUUCCAGAGGACGACAAAGAGGACGAGAACGUCGCCCCAGUCCAACACUACUUUCCGGAGACCAAGCCAGCCUAUGUGAUCUCCAAGAGUGUUGAGGACGAGUCUCCAACCACCACCAAGAAGAAGACAAUGUACUACGAAGAUGCCUUUGCUAUUCGAGGCUCUCACAACUCGCCCAAAGACCGUGUUGCUCUGGACUCUGUCGGAGACUCGAGACUGAUCUCCGAACUUGUAUUCCGCCUUGCCCACAUCUACCAACGCCCAGAGUCAGCCUUGCAGGUAGUGGUACAGCACAAUGUGUCUGUCGUCUUCGGCAACACUUCACUUCCCUCAUAUCUGUUGAAGAUCUACGCACUUCCGUCAGCUAUUGCGCCGGUCACCAACAUCCGGAACACGGAUCUCAUCCAGAAGGGUCUUCAAGAGCUCCUUGGGAUUGCCCCAGACCAGGGUGUCGUUCUUUUCCUGUCGGUUCCCGAAGAGAAUUUGGCAACUAACGGAUCCACUGCCCAAGGCACGAUCUCCCGACUGGAACGCAAUGAGGCAGAAAGCCCAGGACUGAUCAAGUCAAUCUCCCGCGGCAUGAGCCGGCACCUCAAGUCGAGCAGUGGGAAUAGUGCCCCCAUCUCCUUGUCCUCACCUUUGACUUCUCCCUCCUCCUCGACCCCAACCACCCUUCUUCAAUCUCCCACCGCAGAAGCUGCACCGGUGGAGGAAGGACGACGUGGACGGACCCUCAAGAAGAGAGAAUCACUGCGGACCAUUAUCCAUCGCCACAUGCGGCCUAAGAAGGAGAGUGAGCCCAAGGAGAACAUGAAGGAGUAG